GGAGAAUCCAACGGUUCAUUUCGAGUUUAAAGCUAACGUAGCCAUUUUGACAGGCAUGUAGGCGUACAGGGGAGCAGGUAAUGGUUUAUUGCACGCUGAAAGGAGGAGAAGAGGAACACUAGGUUUCUUCAGGCGUAGGGAUACGAGCCCUGCAGGGCUCUCUCUAGGGCUGUCGCGCCCUGUCGUGCCCGCUCACCUGCACAGAGCUGCAGGUCACACGGCAGCGAGCGACAGACACGGGAGACCUCGAAACAGAAGGCACUCUCAGGAGGGGAUUGUACAAUGGGGAUUUUCCACCCUUCUCUGUCAUGUCGUUACUUAAUGUGUGAACGGCUGGGUAGGAAGACACAGGGUCCGUUUCGAGGACGUUAAUUGUCAGAAGCAUCGCGUCCAUUUCCGGGCUCUGCGGCAGGAGCCGGUCCCCGCGGGGACUGACAGUGGCCUCCGCCAAUCGCCGCUGCGUGUUCGUCCAGAGGGCGGGGUCUUCCUGCCGAUCUGCUUUCCGAUCGGGAAUCGAUAACCGGCCUGACGGACAUUUCGGGGCGAUCACGAUAGAGGCAGGGGAGUUCGCGGGGCCCUCACAUUAAAGAUACCUUUAAUACCAUUAAAGAUUACCCAGUAUGGCCACAUUAUGCUAGAGCACUAAACCUCUGAGUUCGCAUAUUUUAUUUCUACUUCAAUUCCAAAUGCAGUUCAAGUAGCUAAAAUUUAAAAAUAAAUAAAUUUAAUAAGACGUGCAUCUCCUUCUUUAUGGAUGUAACAUACAUUUGGUGAAUUGAGUUACAUGUUCGUUUACUGGUGUGAAACCAUGAGUGUGCGGAAUAGUUUGCAGUUUUCCCAUUUUUAGAGCUGCAGAGCUGAUGAUGAGUUAUGAGAUGUCAUACAAACUGCUUUCGUUUAUCGAGCACUUUCUCCAAAGGGCAGCCCCAGUGCACAGCCGCUGUGGGGGGGUACCUGGGGUACAAACAGAACUCAGGGGCACUCCACAGUACCGUCCUGAGGGACGGCGAGAUUCUGUUUCAUAAUCGCAGGCAAAUGUUUGAAAUCAUCUCGGGGGGUUGUAAUCAGUAUCUACCUGUGGCGUUCUCUGAGAUCUCCUUCAUUCGGCUCAGCUGACGUGUAACCAGUUGGGCUCAAGAAGACGCUUGAUACAAUAUCCGCCUCACCCAUGGCGGCUGGUCCUGUACGCUGACUGCUUAGUAAGGGCUUCUUAGUUAGAGACAAGGGAGCAAGUUCUUCAUUAGAAGGUUGAAGAGAUGAUGCAGAAACGUUUGUAUUCUGAAGUUGCAGGAAAUAAGAAGAUUCAGGAUAUUCUUGAAACUGAGGAGGAGGAGAGAAGAGUCUAAACCAGCUAGCAGGUGACGUCCAGGCACCCCAGAACCUGUGGUAUCAGGUCCUGCAGGGGUGGAGUUCCUCAAGGACCCAGACCGAGACCCGCUGCCUGAGAGGCCUCCUGUCCCAGUACUGACCAGGCCCGGCCUGGCUGGCCCGGUAAUGCAAUACGGACUAACUCCCAGGAGAUGAAACUGUCCUGAGUCAGCGUCCCUGCGCCGGCGGCGUGUUCUGCCUGUGCUCGCACUGUCGCGCCUGCGCCCAGCCCGGAGUCGAGCCCCUGGAGCCGCGGACCCCGAGCGGGACGCCCCGUGAGGACCGAGCCGCGGUGCCUCGUACCCCGGCCGCGGGGGAUGGCAGCUGUGUGGCAGCAGGUCCUGGCAGUGGACGCGAGGUACAACGCCUACCGCACGCCUACCUUCCCGCAGUUCCGCACGCAGUACAUCCGCCGGCGCAGCCAGCUGCUCCGGGAGAAUGCCAAGUGCGGCUUCGAGCCCGGGCUGCGCAGACAGUACCUGAAGCUGCGCAGCCAGCUGCUUGGCCUGCGGUACGGGCCCCUGUCUGAGCAGAGCAGCUUCCGCGCCAGCAGCGUGCGCAGCUCCCGCACCACGCUGGACCGCAUGGAGGAUUUCGAGGAGGACCCGAGGGCGCAGGGAGCACGCGGGCACCGCAGGUCCGUGAGCCGGGGCUCCUACCAGCUGCAGGCUCAGAUGAACAGAGCAGUGUACGACGAGAGGCCCCCUGGCAGCCUGGUGCCCACCUCUGUGGCAGAGGCGAGCCGCGCCAUGGCUGGAGACACCACGCUGAGCGAGAACUAUGCCUUUGCUGGCAUGCACCACAUCUUCGACCAGCACGUGGACUCUGCUGUUCCCAGGCUGCAGUUCGCCAACGACGACAAGCACCUCCUGGCCUGCUGCUCCCUGGACGGCACCCUGUCCAUCAUGACGCUGUCCCCCGCGCCGCCCAGCGUCAAGGUCACGCUGCGGGGCCACGAGCGCCCCGUCACCGACUUCGCCUGGUCCCUCAGCAACGACAUCAUCGUGUCCACGUCGCAGGACGGCAGCCUGCGCAUCUGGAACACGGAGGACGGGCGCUGCAUCCGCGCCGUGUGCGACCCCGACGCCUCCGAGCUGCUCUGCUGCACUUUCCAGCCCAUGAACAACAACCUGACCGUGGUGGGGAACAGCAAGCACGUCCUGCAGGUGGUGAACAUCUCCACUGGGAAGAAGGUGAAGGGUGGCUCCAGCAAGCUCACGGGCCGGGUGCUGUCCCUCUCCUUCGACGCUCCGGGCAGGAUCCUGUGGGCCGGAGACGACCGGGGCAGCAUCUUCUCCUUCCUGUUCGACAUGGCCACAGGUGGGGAGUCCCAGGAGAGCUGCUUCUGUGUGCCACCGCACUGCGCUGGCGAGAGGUGCUGGGAGUGUGGCGAGGGUGGUGUCAUCGCUGGUGGCCGAGAGCAGUUAGCGGUUUUGGUGGCGGCGGUGUGUUCAGUGUGCUGUGCUCGCAGGGUGGUGGACAAUGAAGGGACCCUCCAGCUGAAGAGGAGCUUCCCGAUCCUGCACAGCUCUCAGCCCCUCCACAGCAUCUUCUGUCCCCUCAUGUCCUUCCGGCAGGGGGCCUGCGUGGUGACCGGCAGCGAGGACAUGUGCGUCUAUUUCUUCGACGUGGAGAGAAGCUCCAAGGCCAUCGUGAACAAGCUGCAGGGCCACAGCGGCCCCGUGCUGGACGUCAGCUUCAACUGCGACGAGAGCCUGCUGGCCUCCUCCGACACCACCGGCAUGGUCAUCGUCUGGAGGAGGGAGCAGAAGUGAGGGCGCCCCUCGUCCCGACCGCACCACAGCAGGACUGGGGCGCACCCCACCUCGUUACAGCAGCGUGAUGGCAGGACUGGGGCCCACCCCUCUCAUUCCAGCGGUUCCGCGCCUCCCUGACCCUUUGCUGUCUCGGCGCUGGGGACACAGGCCUGCGGUCGGAUCUCUCCUGGCUCCCGGACUGCAGAACAUGAAACACUAUCACUCCCCUCUCAUGUCCCUGGUUUUGGAGUGUGUGUCGCUGUUCCAGGCCCCCAGCAGAUUUGUGAAAAGAGUGAUACAGAUACUCAGACGUGCUCCUGCCGACAGCUACAUCUCGCACGGGCUCACAGCGGCGUGAGUCUGCGUGCUGGUGCAGGAGUGGCUGAGUGCAGGGAGGCAUCAGAACCCCACGUUUAACACACUGUAAGAAAUGUGCAUGCCACAGGAGGAAAGGAUUAAAGGAUUUCAUUCUUAAAUAAAGGCUAUAAUUAUUAAAAGGGAUUAGCGAUUUUCCUAUUGUUCUUAUACUGAAUAUUUAUAGACUUGCAAACCAGAUCGAUUCCUGAGCUUCUGUCAGUUGUAUGUGACAGAUUUUACCAGUGUGGUGCAGAAACUUUCCAGAAUAGUGUAACAUUUUUAUUAUUUCAUUUAGGAAGGGAAAA